AUGUCCAAAGCAAAUUACAUCCCGUGGUCAUCAUGGGAAGAGCAAGCCUUACCAGAAUGGAUUGCUCACAACGGCCAUUUGUCAUGGGAGAAAAAGUCGGAAAAAUAUCGUCGUGUCUUCGGUCUUCCUCGAGGACCCGAGUCUCUGCGUGGAAAAUAUAAUCAAUUGCUGAAAGGGAUUCAUCGACAUCGUUCGAUAUCCGGAAACAUGCCACGACGUCGCCGGAGGCAUGCCAUGACACCCCCACGACAGCGACCUUUACAGUCACCAGCGAAGCACUUUAGACCCUCAGACUCGCCGAAUGUUCCAGCGCUUCCAUCCCGCAGAGAGAUUAACCCAAAACCAACGCCAAUCAUGUAA